AUGGAUCCCAAUUUUACUUUUCCGCGCCAAAGGCCCCAGGCUAUGCCCCGGCCACCUCCUGCUGAACCACCAUCUGAGCCUGUAAACCGAGAAUCGAAUGCCUUGCGCGCCUCUGUUCUCGACGCAGCACUACAACUUGGCCUUGGUUCGAGUAAAAUGGCGAACUGGAUGCUCAAUAACACCCUUGCCGAAGACGAGGAGGAGCCUGAAGAGGACACACCCAGCCGAGCACCGUUGUCGCCUACCUCUGAAGAGUCUAUCUCGUACUCUACUCCGCCGACCUCUCAUGAAUCCUAUUCCGACCCAAGACCACCCCCAGCCGUGGCCCCACAAGUUCACUUCCCUCCCCAACCAGACCCAGCUCCCCCCCUACAACCGCCCAGCAAACUCAACAAACUUCGCAAACAACGUCGCGAAAAUGGCAAUGAUAGCGAUGGUGGUGGUUAUGUCAGCGACGGGGGCAAGAAAGCGCGCGUUCGGACGAAAUCGAAACCAACCAAACCUGACCCUGUGGUCGUUUUCCCGAUCAGCGAACCCACGGAGCUUAUUCCUCUGAGCAAGGAGGAACGUAAACGAAAAAAGAAGGCAGCAAAGGGUGGGCUCAAAGAUGCGGAAACGGACACGGAGGAUAUUCCUGGCAAACCUGCCAAGGCCAAGUCAACAAAAAAGACUAAGAAAGGGUCUGCAGAUGUUGGCGCUGGCUAUGAGACCGACGAUGGAUAUGUCUCGUCCAGCGGCAAAAAGGCCAAAACGCGACGUUUUUUCAGCCUUCGCAAAAAGGAGUCGACAUCCGAGCUUGCACCUGAGCCAGAGCCAGUUCCCCCAUUGCCUCAGCAUGAAGCAUUCGACCUCCCCAUUGCUUCCAGAUUUGCGACAACGUUACCCCCAUCUGGCAGUAGGGCAGAAACACCCCUCAUGCCGCCAGCUCGGCCCUUUGCCUCCGGAUCAUCGUCUCCCUCGUCAGCUUCUUCACUAUUGACUCCCAACGACCCAGAUAGCUCUGCUGCAAAUUCGCCUCUCAUCAGCACCACUUCUUCCCGCUUCGAUGAGGAUGGUCUUCAUGACAGAAGCCAUAGCACUGGUAUGGACCGACCCGUUUCCCCUCUGGUUGCUAGCAACUCAAAAUCCAAAUUCUUGAUCUCACUUCCCCUCACUCGGACUGGAGAGCAGUCUAGCCCAUCCAAAGCCAAGACCCAUUUAGCGCCAAUAUCUUUGUCGCCAAAUCCUCCCAUGAGUGGCUUAAACUCACGAUCAGUGUCACCAGGACCAUCGCCAAUGGGUUCACCAUUUGUGCUACUCACUCCAAUCAACACUUCUAGUAAUCCACGAGUCCAUUCCCCUGCAAACUCUGGGUCUACAGAUAUAAUCCCGUCAACGGAUUUCAUUGUCCCGUCACGUUCUGCAUCACCACUCCCUCCUUCUCCAAAUGUUCUGUCAUACUAUGAUGUGCCACCACCGAGUCCUCCGCCCACCGGCCCCCUCCCUCGCCCUCCACCUUCGCGUGAUGUUGGCCCUGGUAUUGCUCGUUUGCGAAACAUGAGUCGUGACCGCAACGGUGUUCAAGAAGGGCUCAGUCCCAUUCCACGUGACCCCGGCAGUCGCUCUGUCAGUCCUAGCCCUAUAUCUUCACCGUGGUCAACGGGCGGACGACUGAGCCCAUUACCCCUCAGUCCAGGGGCAAGAAGCCCCAUUUCACCUACCCAACGCGGAAGAGCUGCCCCAUUCCCUUCCCAGCCAAUUAUCCCAUCACGCUCUGCCCCUAAUACAGGUUUGGGUCCCGGUCUUGCAGCGCGUGUCCAGGUCGAGCGCUAUCGCGACCUGUACGCGAUUCAAAUCCCAGAUCAAACACGUGACCGCUACCGUGAUGAGGAUGAAACAAGUGUGAACAUCCGGGUACAAGAGGGAAGCGAUGAGGAAGUUGAAGACGAUCCGGAAAUUACUGGUGUGUUGGGGCGUUUCCGCCAGCCUGUCAACCGAGAGCGUGAUGCAGCAGCGUUGGAACGAAACAAUUCGGGAGCCCUGCGACCAGGUACAAAUACGCGUCGGGUCAGAUUUUCACCCCAAAGGUCGCCAACGAGAGAAGCAUAUUCAGAAGAAGAGGAAGAUGAUGAUGACGCGUCGCUCUAUCCUGACGAUGAGCGCACUGCUGGUCGCAAAACCAUGUUUCUGUUUGACAAAAGUUCGAGUGGAAACGAGGACGACACUAUUGGGGCUCGUGGCACGGUCUACUCCGAAUAUAGCCGUGCUAGUUUCAUGGACAACGGCAAGAGUGAGGUCGCCCGUGGUCGACUUGUUGACCGUGUUGGCGCUAUGUUUGAUUCGACUGGUAGGGAGCGGCCUGCAGCCCCUCCUGUGCCAAGGCUUCCCCCAGAACUUCUCGCUGGUGCGAAUCGAUUCUGA